AUGCGUGCCGCAUUUGCUGCCGCGGGUAUCACUGAUAUGAACGAGGUGGGAUAUUUGGAGGCGCACGGAACAGGUACCUUGGCAGGGGACCCAAUUGAGGUUGCGGCUGCUGCUUUAGUCUUCGCUCCCACCCGGCUCGCGCAUCAACCUCUGAUCAUUGGAUCAGUUAAUAGUACCAUUGGACAUUCUGAGCCUGCGGCUGGCGUCUCCGGAUUGAUCAAAGCUGUGCUGGCGGUGGAGAAGGGUGUCAUCCCGGCAAAUCCGACAUUUAUUGACCCAAACCCAAAGAUUGAUUUUGAGGGUCUCAAAGUCAAAGCCUCCCGUGCGGCUUUGCCCUGGCCCACGGAUUUCGCCUCUCGAAUUGCUUCCGUAAAUUCCUUCGGUUCUGGCGGUUCAAAUGCCCAUGUGGUGAUUCAAGAUGCCGGUUCCUUCUUGGGUCACGAGCAGGCUCCGCAUGUGUCCUCCUUCGCCAAAGUUGACUCCUUCUUUGACGACGACCUGGAUACGCCAAACACACGACUCCAAUUGCUCACCUUUUCCGCAAAUGAUGACAUUUCGUUGAAGAAAUAUGUUGCGGACCUUCAACGGCAUCUCCUCGACCCCCGAGUCAAAGUUCAGCUAUCCGACCUGGCCCAUACCCUGGCCCAGCGAAGUAGUCUCUUCACCCGCGGCUUUCUGCUCACUGAGCAGCCCCUGCUGGACGAUUUCUCUCUUAUAAUCGGCAAAAGGAGCCCUGAGAGGCCUCGGAUUGGCUUUGUGUUCACCGGUCAGGGUGCCCAGUGGUCUCAAAUGGGCAAAGGCGUGGUGGAGCUCUUCCCACAAGCUCAGCAGGUUCUCCAAGGCUUAGAUUCGGCACUACAGAGUUUGCCCCAGGCACCAGCCUGGUCAUUGCUACAGGAGUUGGUGGAACCCAGAAGCCCAGAGCAUUUACGCCAGCCUGAAUUCUCCCAGCCACUCGUAACUGCAUUACAGCUGGUCUUGAUUGAUCUGCUUAGAUCCUGGGGAAUUCAACCCGAAAGCGUGGUCGGCCAUGCCUCCGGGGAGAUUGCUGCGGCCUGCGCUGCAGGUCUCUUGACACCCGAAGAUGCGAUCAAGAUUGCGAUCUUCCGUGGCCAGGCCGCCAAAGAAUUGGCUGGAGCCCCAGCAGCUUAA